AUAAACAUGCAUUUGUUUACGAUUUGCAGACUAGACCUCACGUUUUAUUAUGAAAAUGAAUUUAAAGUUUGUUUUGAUUUGUGCAGUGUUUUUUGUUGAAGUUAAAACAGAGUGUGGUGAUUAUUUGACGUGUUUGAGUGAGUUAAUUCAUGGAUUCUUCGGGACUAAAUACAGAAACUCAACGAUUAAUGAAGAUUUCAGUCAAAAAGAUGAAACAGAUUUGUACGAAAUCAAAGAUUUUAGUGACAAGCAUUUAGAUAAAAUUCUUAAUCAAGUAUCGAGUAUAGUUAAAGAUAAUGUUACGGGUGAUAUUCUUGAAUCAAGAUCUAAAAUCGCUGAAUUCAUGAACGGCAAGACUAAAGUAUUAAUAAAAGUUUUUGAUUUUGAUAAACCCGUUGAAUCAGGUAAAACAGAAAAGCCAAAUACAACAGAGGGACCAAAAACUUUCAAUUCACAAGAAACUAAAAAUACAUUAAUUACAGAACAACAAAUGAUUUUUGCUACGCUGCCAACUUCCACUGAUAUUCCUGAUUUAAACACCGAAAAUAUUGACCUAUUCACAAGUACAGAAAAUAUAAAAGAUACCCUUUUGACCACAGAUCUGAUAUACCAGGUUAAUAAUAUGGCUGUCAAAUUUGACAAUUUCGAAGAUAAUUUGAUAUUGCCUGAUAUUUAUGUAGAUAUUGGGGAUAAUAACACAGAUUAUCCUAAUAUAGAUUAUAUUGAUUUAUAUAAAGAUGUUACGGUAGAAAGUGUGGACUUUGUGCCGACGCAACCAUCAAUAGUUGAUAUAGAAAAUUUAAAUGCUGAAAAAGAUAUUGAAAAUAACCUCAUUGAUUUUCCUGCCACAGGAGAGAAAUUGUCAAAUAUUUUAAGUCAAGACGAAUAUGGGAUAUCAACGGCCGUGUUCCCGUGGAUCGCGACGAUUUUUAUAAAAAACGAAACGAGAGAUAAUCAGUUCGAAUAUUAUUGCGAUGGAGCCUUGUUGAACAAUCGAUUCGUCCUUACUGCUGGACGGUGCAUCAAAAUAAAUAAUGUAACAGUAAACCCGGACAAUAUUCUGAUUGUACUCGGAAAGAAGUCUCUUCACGCCGUGGGAGAAGACGAGAAAGUGCACAAGGUGAAGAGCAUAAAAACCCAUGAAAAUUUCACAAUUCGCGACGAGGGGGCCAAGAACGACUUGACAGCAUUGGAGUUGGAUGGAGCCACCAGCUUCAACGGAGCUAUUCAACCAGCUGAUAUUAUUGGAGAUAUUUCUGACGUAGAAAACGAAGCCACAACAGCUUGGGGUUUCACGGGAGAAUUGACUCAAAUUGUUUUCGAUAAAGAAGCAAGCAGAAAGUGUACCAUUAAUUCGAGUUCUGAAAAUACUUUCUGCGCUACCUACAGCAAUGAUGUAGCACUAUGUCCAAGUUACGGAGGUCUGCACGUGGUCAGACAGGCAGACAGAUGGUACCUGCGCGGAAUUCGAACCGGCGACCCCGAACAACGAGGCAUAUGUUUGAACCGCGACGUUACUUACACUGAUUUGUUGAAAUAUAAGGAUUGGAUUGUUAGUAUUACAUCUUAAAAAAUAAAAAUUUUAAGACUUUGUUAAUUAA